AAACACAAUAGGUUCACUAAUAGUAAUUUAUUGUAAGUUGGGGACGAUUUGUUUAAAUAAAAUCCAGUGUCGUUUCAGCACGCGGCGUCAGUUUGCGGUAUUUUCCCCCCACCCGGUUUGUGAAACGGAAUUUUUAAGGAUCCGGAAUGGCUGACACUCCACCCAGUGACGGCCCCUCGCAAGGUGCUGACUUUGACAUGAUGGGCGCUCUGGACUGGAAGGAUGGCAUUGCCACAUUGCCAGGCAGUGACAUCAGGUUCCGCAUGACAGAGUUUGGCACACUUGAGAUUGUGACAGACAUAGAAGUUAAAGGGCAGCAGUCGACGCCAAAAAAGGAUGGAUUGGAUCCGGUGCCAUCUCACAGUCCCACCCCUCCACCAGAGGGUCAAUCGCAGACAAAAACAGCGCCUGCGGUGGCUAAUAAUAUUCAGCCGGCAUCGUCUCAAGUGAAAGCCCCUGCUCCUGUUGUCUUGUCUUUGGAGGAGACACCCACUCUAGAAAGUCCCAAAGUGGAAGUUGGUCCAAGUGUGGAAGUUGGUCCAAACGGGGAGCUCACUCAAUGCCGAACCUGCGGGGGUCACGUUGCUCGGGAUGCCCUCCUACAGGGAAAGUUCUGUAGCCCCAAUUGUGCCCAGCCCACAAGUGGACGGUCAUCUCCCGGAGAGCCCCGGGACGGCCAAGCGGCCGAAAGUGAGACCUUAGGUAAACGUGUGCGAAAAAAGAGAAAAAUCUAUAUGGAUUCUGGCGACGAGGAGGAAGACAACCAAGAGGAACCAGAAGAGAAAUCCAAGACUACCAAAGGCAGGAGAGCAGCCAAAAUGGCCAAACUUGCCACAGCCCCACUGAACAAGAAGCGGGCAUGGAGCUGGCCGGCCUACCUGGAGGAGGAGCGGGCGAUCGCUGCUCCUGUCAAACUCUUCAAAGAGUAUCAGUCGGUUCCUCAAAGCCGGAACAGCUUUAAGGUGGGCAUGAAGCUGGAAGGGCUGGACCCGUGUCACCCGUCUCUCUUCUGUGUGCUCACCGUGGCGGAGAUCCAAGGCUAUCGAGUGAGGCUUCACUUUGACGGCUACCCAGAGUGCUAUGACUUUUGGGCCAACGCAGACUCGUGGGAUUUGAAACCGGCAGGCUGGUGUGAGAAAAAUGGACACAAAUUAUUGUUGCCCAAAGGUUGUAAGGAUGGCGAGUUCAACUGGAGCAUGUACGUGAAGAACUGCCGAGGCCAGCUGGCGCCCAAGCACCUCUUCAAGAGUCUCAACACCUCCGUGACUCCCUCCGGAUUUCGAGCGGGCAUGAAGCUGGAGGCGGUCGACAGGAAGAACCCGUCGCUGAUCUGCGUGGCAACCAUCGCAGCUGUGGUGGACAACAGACUUCUCAUUCACUUUGAUAACUGGGACGACACGUAUGAUUACUGGUGUGACGCUAGCAGUCCAUACAUCCACCCAGUAGGCUACUGCGAGGAGGCCGAGCUGACUCUGACCACUCCAGCUGGUAAGACACAGACCAAGACACAUGUGGAAUAUAAGCAACCGAAGAGUUUCUCCUGGGAGAAAUAUAUGGAAGAGACGAGCACACAGGCUGCUCCUGCUCGGGCUUUCAAACCGAGACCUCCACAUGGUUUUCAGGUGGGGAUGAAGGUCGAAGCCGUGGACAGGAGGAACCCGAUGCUCAUCCGUGUCGCCACUGUGGCAGACACGGAAGACCACCGACUUAAGAUUCAUUUCGACGGCUGGAAUCCAGAGUACGAUUUCUGGGUGGAGACGGACUGCCCCGACCUGCACCCUGUGGGCUGGUGUCACAAAACUGGACACACUUUGCAGCACCCGAACAGUGCUAAUGAUGUGAGUCCUCCAGGACAGGGAUGUCCCACCCCAGGAUGCAACGGAGUCGGCCACAUCAGAGGACCUCGUUAUGGGACACAUUACACUCAGGUGAGCUGUCCCUACUCGGAAAUGAAUCUGAACAAAGAGAGCUUGCUCCCAGACCGUCUUAGCGGCGAGCGGCCCCUCACGCUCGGCGGCGCCCUCCCCCGCGGGCGACGCCCCGAGCCCAACGCGGCUCCCGCCACGCAAAUCGCCUCCGCCCCGGACCGGCUCGAGGCAGCCGAUGACUCCCACUCCAGGAAACCAGCGGAGGUGGAGGCUGAGCUGUCAGGUCGCAGUAGCCAGCCAGAGGCACUAAGAGGUGCCAGUGAGCAGAACCAGAAUGGAACCAGACUCAAAAGGACUGCUCCUCUUCCCAAAUAUUUCAAAAUGCACUACGUGAAAGAAGAGUCUGGCGAUGGUAAAGCCAACUCGGACUCCAUUUCCCUCCAGCAAGCCCUUCACGAGUCGGUGUUCUCCCCUGGCGUCUCUGCCGCUCCCCCCCACCGGGUGGCGCUGUGCUGGGACAAACACUGUCAGUUGCUGCCUGAGGUUUUGGGGCUCACCGCCAAGAGGGUGGCGGGAUGGAGCACUGAGGAGGUGGCCAGUUUUGUAAAAGGACUUCCAGGGUGUAAAGAACAUGCUGCUACAUUUAAAACGGAGCAAAUAGAUGGCGAGGCCUUUCUGCUGCUCACCCAAUCGGACAUCGUCAAGAUCCUGUCCAUCAAGCUGGGCCCUGCCCUGAAGAUCUACAACUCCAUCCUCAUGUUUAAGAGUGCCGAUGAAGAAUAACUGGAGGCUCCCAACAGAAACGUUGACAGAAAAGCCAUCAGCUUCAAUUAAUUGCUCUCUUCUCAAUGGACUUAAAAGGGGGGGAGGGGUGUCCCUUGUAUUGUUUACUGAAACGUCCAA